UCUCGUCUCUCUGUCUUCCUGUUCCAAACCACGUGGACGCGCCGGGGGCUGCAGGGCUACGGUGAGGAGCCCGGGUCACCCCCGCCGCUGUCGCCGCCGCCGCCGCCGGGGUCGCGACCCCCGCGCCCGUCCGAAGUCGCCACGCCCCGGCCGCCCGCGCUUCUGCGGAGGGCGCGCACAUGGCGACUCAGGCGCACUGCCUCAGCUACGCGGGCUGCAACUUCUUGCGCCAGCGCCUGGUCCUGUCCACCCUGAGCGGGCGCCCCGUCAAAAUCCGGAAGAUUCGGGCCAGAGACGACAACCCAGGCCUCCGAGACUUUGAAGCCAGCUUCAUAAGGCUGUUGGACAAAAUAACUAAUGGUUCUCGGAUUGAAAUAAACCAAACAGGAACGACCUUGUAUUACCAGCCUGGCCUCCUGUAUGGUGGGUCUGUGGAACAUGACUGUAAUGUCCUUCGCAGCAUCGGCUACUACCUAGAGAGUCUUCUUUGCCUGGCUCCGUUUAUGAAGCACCCGUUAAGAAUCGUUCUGCGAGGAGUAACCAAUGACCAGGUUGACCCUUCGGUUGAUGUUCUUAAGGCAACAGCCCUUCCUCUGUUGAAGCAGUUUGGAAUUGAUGGUGAAUCGUUUGAGCUAAAGGUGGUGCGACGGGGAAUGCCUCCUGGAGGAGGAGGGGAAGUGCUCUUCUCGUGUCCUGUCAGGAAGGUCCUGAGACCCGUCCAGCUCACAGACCCGGGGAAGAUCAGGCGGAUCCGAGGGAUUGCGUACUCUGUGCGCGUGUCACCACAGAUGGCCAACCGGGUCGUGGAUUCCGCAAGGAGCAUCCUCAACAAGUUUAUCCCCGAUAUCUAUAUUUACACAGACCACAUGAAAGGAGUCAACUCUGGGAAGUCUCCAGGCUUUGGGUUGUCACUGGUUGCCGAGACCACCAAUGGCACCUUCCUCAGUGCUGAACUGGCUUCCAACCCCCAGGGCCAAGGCGCGGCAGUGCUUCCAGAGGACCUCGGCAGGAACUGUGCCAAGCUGCUGCUCGAGGAGAUCUAUAGGGGUGGAUGUGUGGACUCGACCAAUCAGAGCCUCGCUCUGCUGCUUAUGACCCUUGGACAGCAGGAUGUCUCCAAAGUCCUCCUCGGACCGCUCUCUCCCUACACGAUAGAAUUUUUGCGGCAUUUGAAGAGCUUUUUCCAGAUUAUGUUUAAAAUUGAAACCAAGCCAUGUGGUGAAGAACUCAAGGGUGGGGAUAAAGUGCUGAUGACCUGUGUUGGCAUCGGUUUCUCCAACCUUAGCAAGACCCUCAAGUGAUACUCUCACCAGAUAAAAGGCCCCAGCGCCUACAAGCAAAGCAGAAACUGCCACGGACACCCAUCAGGACCAAGUCCAAAUUCAUCCAGGACAGGUUAUGCUCUUACAUUAAGGAUUUCUUAACUUUCCAUUUAAAAAAAAAAAAAAUCAGUAUAUUCGAAGAAAAGACAUCUCUGUAUCAUGUGGCUUCUUGCUGUUUUUGCGGUGGCGCUGACAUUCCUCAGGAGGCCCAGUCACAGCAAGUGCACCCUUGGCUCACCUGAUGACAAGUAUGCCUUCAGGACACAGUUGUGCCGCUAGAACAACCUCCCACUGCAUUCCUGGGCUUCCGGCCUGUGGAGCCUGUCACCGUUCUUCCUGCAAGGGCUGAUGUGCUGAGCCUUGGUUUCCGGGUAGGGGUUACUGAGAUAACAGGGCGACGUGCGCUGCUCGCGCGUGUCAGGAUCGGUCUGUGAAGCUCAUUGGUGCCUCGUCUUCUGAAUGGACUGACAUCUUGGAGGCAGGUGUCGCCCCCCCCCCCCCAUCUGGCUCAUUGUAUGUGUGUGUGGGGUGAAGGGUGCCUGGGGAGGGCAGGGGUCCAUUAAAGUUAUUGGAUAUUUUCUCUA